AUGGAUCAAAACAACGUGGAUACUAAGAAUACUUUUUAUAAAUCGAUAUAUAUAUGUGUGGGGACAAAUUUAUUUGAACUCUAGAAAUAUUUUUUAUUUGGCACAUCUGAAUAUAAGGGAUAUAUUGUAGAUGCACAAAUACAGACUUAAACAAAUUCUUUUGAAUAUUGUUAAAAAGCAUAUUAAAAUGAUGUAAUUGGAGCAGUUUAUCUUGGAAUGAGAGGGACUCAAGAAAAAACGAUAUUAGAGUAUCCACGUUUAGGAGAUCUAUUAGCAAAUAUAGGAUCUAUAGUAUCAAUAUUAUUUAUGUUCAAAUACAUGAUUAUGUAUUUAAAUGAAUUCUAUUUAAAUCAAAAGGUAUUAGAGGAGCUCAUAAGUUUUUAUUACCCAGAAUUUAAAAAAAUAGAAAUAAAAAAGAAUUGGUUUGGAAAAAUAGUUUAAGUUCGUUUCAAUCAAAUGAAGUUUUUUGAUAAAGCUUCCAAAUAAAUGUAAUAAAAACUUAGUUAUUUGAAUUUAUUGUAUGAGAUAUCUAGGUUGUAUUUUGUUAUUAGAUCAUCGAAAUUUAGAAAUGAAUUUUAUAAAUCUCAUUAAAUUGGGAUAAAGGAUUAAUUUUCCUUAGUAUAAAGAUAUCGAGACGCUUGUUAGUUAAAAGUCAGAAAAACCUUUUGAAAAUAAUUGUAUCUUAAAUGAGGAUGAUGCAGAAUUAUUAUCUUAAGCCAGAAGUAACAUAGAUAAAAACUAUGAUCUAAUUUCGGAAGAGAUAUAUAACGAAGUAGAUUAUUAUUACUUGAAUAAGAUUUCAUGAAAUACAUAUCAAUAAUAGUUUAUUUACAUAAUAAGUA